AUGGGAGAAACUGGAGAUGAUUCAAAAACUCUUAGGGAGUUGUUCUCACCCAUAACCACCAACCCUCCAUCUUGCAUAGUAUUGCCUGCAACCACUGCUGCACAUUUUGAGUUGAAACCACAGAUAAUCCACCUUCUUCCUACUUUUCAUGGCUUGGAUAGAGAAGAUCCUUAUAUGCAUGAUAAGGCAAAAGCAUGGCUUAAUUCUUUGUCACCUAGAUCUAUCACUUCAUGGGAAUUGUUGGUCACAAAAUUCCUCUCUAAAUUUUUCCCAAUGGCCAAGACCAAUGCUUUGAGGAGAGAAAUUGCAGAUUUUUAUCAGGAUGAACAAGAGAAAUUUUAUGAGAGUUGGGAGAGAUUUAAGGACUUGAUCUUAAAGUGUCCCCAUCAUGGUUUUGAAACAUGGAGACUAGUACAAUAUUUUUAUAAUGGUUUGAUUCAAACAAAUCGUAACAUGAUUGAGUCCAUGAAUGGUGGUGGAUUUUUGAGUCUUGUAGAUGAUGAGGCAUACAAAUUUCUUGAGAAUUUUUCUGAAAGUUCACAACAAUGGGAUUUUUCCAAUCGUAAAGAGAGAUGUGCCCCUGCAAUUAAGAAAGGAGGAUUGUAUGAAGUCAAUGAAGAUUUAGACAUAAAAGCUAGGUUGGACAAUCUCACUCGUAAGGUUGAAGCUUUAGCUUUAGGUAGAGGGAUGAAUUCUGUCAAUCAAGUUCAAAGCGAAACAUGCUCUAUUUGUGCUAGUCCUAUGCAUACAACACAAAUGUGUCCUUCUGCAGCUGGGUACCCUGAUUUUUAUGCUGAGCAAGCAAAUGCAUUGAAUAAUUAUGGAAAACCAUUUGCUAGUCCAUUUUCAGAGACAUACAAUCCAAAUUGGAGGAACCAUCCUAAUUUCUCAUGGAGGCAAAGUCAGCCUCCCACAAAUUUUGUAGCACCACCAAGACAACAACCAUCUUUGGAGGAGUCUCUCAAAACUUUCAUGCAGUCAACUAGCCAAGCCAUUCAAGAGAUGAAAAGUUCCACCCAUUUGAAUACUCAAGCUAUUUCAAAGUUGGAAAAUCAAGUUGGCCAAUUAGCAACCCAAGUUGGAGAAAGGGAAAAAGGAAAGUUUCCUAGUCAACCUAUACCUAACCCAAAAGGGCAGUAUGCAAUUAAUGGUUCUUCUAGUUCUACUCAUGCACAUGAAUCUGUUCAGUCUAUUACUACCCUUAGGUCUGGUAAGCAAGUUGAUAAUCAAGUGAAAAUACCAGAAGUGGAGGAUGAUGAAAAUAUUGUGUUAAAGGAAAAGGGAACUCAUAGUUCACAGGAUGAUCAUAGAGAAAAGAAGGGCAACUCAACCUCAAUUCCAAUUCAGGAUCUUAGUUCUCCCCUUGAUAGGAGGUUUGUUCCUAAAGCUCCAUUCCCUCAAAGUUUAAUCAAUCCUCAGAAAAGUGCACAAUUUGGAGAUAUUUUAGAGGUUUUUAAGCAAGUGCAAAUUAAUAUUCCAUUUCUUGAUGCAAUUCAGCAAGUUCCUGCUUAUGCUAAGUUUCUAAAAGAUCUUGUGACAAUGAAGAGAAAGACAAAUGUCCCUAAAAAGGCAUUUUUGACAGAGCAAGUUAGUUCAAUCAUUCAGAAUAAAUAUCCAGUGAAAUGUAAAGACCCUGGAUCUCCUACAAUUUCAUGCAGGAUUGGGGAUCAUCUCAUUGAGCGAGCUUUGCUAGAUUUGGGGGCAAGUGUGAACCUAAUGCCAUAUUCAGUAUACUUACAGCUAGGUUUGGGGGAGUUGAAGCCCACAACCAUGACACUUCAAUUAGCUAAUAGGUCUGUGAAAAUCCCUAGAGGUAUUAUUGAGGAUGUGUUGAUUAAGGUGGAUGCGUUCUAUUUUCCUGUUGAUUUUGUUGUGUUAGACACUGAGCCUACUCUAAAUGCCAGUACACAAAUCCAUGUCAUUUUGGGUCGCCCUUUCUUGGCCACAUCCAAUGCUUUGAUCAAUUGUCGAAGUGGUGUGAUGAAGAUUUCUUUUGGGAAUAUGACUGUUGAGCUUAAUAUUUUUGACAUAAGUAAGCAAGUACUAGACAAUGAGGAUAUAUGUGAGGUUAACAUGAUUGGGAGCCUAGUCCAUGAUACUUUCCUACAAUCAAGUUGUGAGGAUCCCCCAAACGCUUGCUUAACCCAUUUUGAUUGCAAUUUGGAUACUGAAAAAUCAAUUGAGGAGGUCAAUGCAUUGUUGGAUUCUGUUCCUCUCUUAAGUAUUGAUAGCUGGCAGCCAAAAGUGGUCUGUUUCCCACUUUCUUCAUCCCCAUUCCCAUCUAUUGUAGAACCACUAAAGUUGGAUGACUUUUGGGAACACCAAUUGAUAAGUAUACUUCAAGAGCACAAGGAAGCUAUAGGUUGGAGAAUUGCUGAUAUUAAAGGUAUUAGUGCUUCUGUGGUUAUGCAAAGAAUUCAAUUGGAAGACACUGCAAAAGCUUCUCAACAUGUUUUUGACCCAGCUGAUAUGUGA